AUGUCUUCGACGAUUCUACCCUCUACAAGUCAAUAUUCGAAUUCAGGCACAUAUGUGCCAACCAUUCUAAAACGAGUCGAAUACGGCAUUGAUUCACUAUCUAAAUUAUCCGAUGUGCUGAGUGAACUUUCCAUCUCGAAACCAUUCAUUGUGACUGGCACAUCGCUGGCAACAAAGACUGAUAUUAUAGAGCGUGUGAAGAAUGCUGCUGGGUGUGAAGUGGCUGCUGUUUUCUCAAAUAUUCAGCAGCAUUCGCCUAUUCAGAAUACUAGGACCGCCGUAGCUGAGCUGAAGAAGAGCAAUGGCGAUGGAAUCGUUGCCGUUGGUGGUGGAUCACCGAUUGAUGCGGCCAAGUUGAUUGUUUAUCUUUACAAGGAAGAAACUGGUCGAUUGCUCAAGCUGGUCAGUAUUCCAACGACGCUUUCGGCUGCAGAGCACACUAUCAUCUCUGGAUAUACUGGUAAGUGACUGUCAUUGGAUAUAGAACAUCUGCAUAACAAUUUUCGAAUUCAACAAAAUUUGACUCUGGAUCUCUGUCAUUUAAAUUGGUGACUAGCUGUAUAGAUUCUAUCAUCAAAUACUCCGCGAAUGUUGUGAAAUUUUGGUAAAAAAAAAAGCACUAAUUAUGAAAAGCUAACACUUCCACCCAGACAACAGAGUCUGAAGAUUCUCAGUAAAUUUUUAAGCCAAUGGAAUGUUAGUAAACUGGAUGUAAUAAAGCAGUGCGAUAUGUAACAUUCGCUUUUUUGCUGUUGAGAUUUUUCCAUCAAAAUUUUAAAAAAAAGACUUGAAUGCUUUAUCCAUCUCUCUUGAAGAAAUAUGAUACAAAACGUAUGCCAUUAGCGACCACUGGAAGGAAUAACCAAAUACUUAGGUCGUACAAAAAGUUCUAAGAACGUUAGACAGUAUUAUAAAGAUAAUGAGAUAUUUACAAUUUUAUUUUAUCAAAUG